UAUAUUGUAUGCGUGUCGAUACAUCAUUAUGUCGAGUAAUGAAAUGUGCGGUGUAGGUAGCGAUGUACCUGAUCUUUGUCGGACCUUAGACAAACCAACUACCCAUGUAAUUGUUAUAAGUGAUCAACUCGGAGUGAGUAACUGAAGGCUAAGUCACAGUGGAGCUAACGCCAGUUAAUUGAAUGAAAAGCUGUUUGUUAAAAGAUGGUGUUGGUGCCUUAGGCUUUCAGGUACUGUCGUUAGUAUUUGAAUUGAUGACGUUCUUUUCAUGUCUUCUCAUGCUGAGUAGUGGACUGUUUGAAGGCUCCACUCAUGAAGAGUGUUACAAUGACGGCAACAUGUUCUUCAUAAUUUUUUACGGAGUUACAGGAUGCAUGAACCUGAGCACAUGUUUUCUGAUCAGGUUAGAGUAUCAGGUAUCCUCUCUGGAUGUGUCGUAUUACCUUUGCUUGACGGCCGGCUGCUACACUAUGUUCCAAUAUUUCUGCGCAGUUACAUACUGGGUCUGCGGUCCCCCUUCGGAUAAAAAAUAUCAGAAACGUCUUCAACUCGUACAAAACAGCACUGAGGGCAGAUACACGAUAAUCCAGGAGGAUGUUUUCUGGCUAAAGAGAAGGAGAAUUGUGGUAAAGCAUUAAAUUAGGGUACAGAACAAGUGAUUGAUGCAUCUGAAUAACGCAGAACUGUUAUGUUUAAUUAUAUAUUGUGAACCACAAACUCGGCCUUCUACUUUCAGAUAAUUUUCUCGCCUGGUAUUAAUACAAAACCAGUAACCUUCAAAGUGGACAGAACAAAAAAAUAUUAAAUUCGCUUUCCAAGCCAAAUAUCACCAGCAUGGGCCUUUUGGUUAUCAAGAAAACAAUUUAUGUGCAACGGUAGGAGUAGGACCUGCAACGAACAUAAAGCGAUAUUCAACUACACUUUA